CUACGUACAAUGACGUCACAACAAAGUUGAUCAGGUUAAGAAAAAGAAAAUAUUUUUUUUCCUCAAUUUUCAGUGUCUGAUCGAAUAGGUCUUUAGUAUUUCGAAUCAAAUUAACUUAAAAUAUUUGGAAGUUUUUCUGCUGAACGCUGGAACCAUAGUUCAAAUUAGUGAAUUCAAUAACAAAUUUUGACGAUAAACGUGAAUGUAAAAUUGUGCCCCGUUAAAAGAAAAUGAGUCGCCAUGAAGGGGUCAGCUGUGAUUUAUGUUUAAAAAGCAAUUUUCGUGGGCGCCGUUACAAGUGCUUGAUGUGUUACGAUUAUGAUUUAUGUGCCAAUUGUUAUGAGGAAGGAGCUACAACCACUAGACAUUCGACUGAUCAUCCCAUGCAAUGCAUUCUAACCGUCUCCGAUUUCGAAUUGUAUUACGGCGGCGAGACGCUCGGCGUCGAACAUCCUCGUAGCUACACCUGUCCGUACUGCAAAGAAAUGGGUUUCAGUGAUUCGGGCCUGUUCGAUCACGUUACCGUUGAGCAUACCGACACGGGACUGGACGUUGUUUGCCCUAUGUGCGCCGCAGUGCCAGGCGGUGAACCAAAUUUGGUUACAGAAGACUUUGCUGGACAUUUGAAUGUCGAGCACCGGAAUGGUAGUAGAGAUUUAAUAUCGUUUCUGGACGAACCGUCGUCGAUUCGUCAUGGUGGCGUUAGACGUGCACCACAUUCGGGACGAUCUAUUGGUGGUCCAAGAUCCCGGCGAUCGAAUAUGCACUUUGGUUCGGGUAGUUCGACGCUGGCUGCUCUGUCACCGGCUGCGAGAGAGGCGGCCGAUCCGAUUGCAGAAUUGUUGAGUCAAUUGUCGGGGGUUCGGCGUGGCCAGAAUCCACCAUCACAGUUGCAACAAUUGCAGAUGCAAAUUCAAUUAGAACGUCAACAAGUUACGGCUGCUCGUCAGCAAUUAGAACGAUUGCCGCGUCGUCAUACCGUGGUAAAUCCGUCAACGGUUCCUGUAUCACAUUCUCAAGCGGGCCUAGCCAGCAGCGUAUUGAACGGACGUGAAAUAUCUAUAUCGUCAGCUCCAUUACAAAUGGCAGCGGCGGCAGCUAGUCAACAAUCACUACAAAACCAAGCCAAUCAAUCUCAAUUUUUGCUCAGUCGGUUCAUGACUCCAAGUCUCCAAGAUACUGAACAAAUUUUAUUGGAAAACAAUCGAGCUGACAGAUCUCAAUUUGUGCAACACUUGCUACUAUCGACGUUGUCAAAUUUACAAAUUGUUCACGAAUCAGAAAACGAUUCGACUCCAACAAAUGAAGGGCAUGGGAUCGUGGAUCCGCCGCAGGCGUCAAAUGCAACCGAUGAUAAUACAAUCACGCAAUCUAGUGAAUUACCGCACCAGCAAUCGCAAUCCGAUCGUGUUAAUACAAAGAAGCCAGCUGUUACACAGAAACCAGUUCCUGAACGUCGAUCACGGCCACCCGCUUCACAAGCUCAAGUCAAGGGCCGUGAGCUAAAAGCGUCAUCGAUGUCGUCGAAAGAAUUGCCGGAUUCUAGGUAGUGUUUCGGUGAGAAUGGAAAGCACUUCAUGCAAAUUGACAGUCGCCUCCAUCUCGUCGUUCCCGCAACACCCAGUCCCCUACAAUUUUAAACUAUUCAAUGUUAAUUCAUCUAACCAACAUUACGGGAAUUAUUCAUAAAACAGAAAAACGUAAGAUAAAAAUUAUGGAAGAAGAAAACCCCCUACCCCCCCAAAGCAAAGGAAGUUUCAACUGUGUUUAUUGAGAGUGUGGUAAAUAAUAAUUACAAUUUAAAAACAAAAAAAAAAAACAACAAAA